CGCGAGCACACGAUCCUGUUUCUAUUCUUGUUCUGUCACAGCCUGAAUGCCUGGACGCAAAAUAUCGCAAGUAUGAUUGUGAGUCGCAUGGCACCACAAGAGAUGGCAAAGGAGGCUUGAUUUAGCUCUUCAUUUCGGUAAGUCACUCCCAACCUUGUGGAGAUAAUACAAUCAGCCUCUUCGAUGAUCAUUUCCGGAACACUGCCUCAGAACCUCAAUAUUGGCGAAAUACGAACCUCGCUAUAUGACAACGAUACCUCUGCAGAUAUUACGCUGAUACUAGGUAUAAUGGUCUACGUGCAUCUUCACACAUUUGUGCUUGCACCACUGAGUGAGAUCUAUGGGCGAGUUACAGUGUUACAGUAUGCUAACUUAAUCUACCUUGUCUUCAACACGGCUUGCGGCUUUGCUCAGACGAAAGAGCAGAUGCUUGCCUUCCGCUUUCUUAGUGGCAUAGGUGGAGCAGCACCCCAAGCACUAUGUAAUGGCGUGCUUGCCGACACCUGGCGCAAAGAAGAAUGCGGUGAAGGCCAAGCCAUCUACGGCAAUUUCAAAUGGGACAGUCCUUGUGUAGCUCCAAUCUGCGGCGCAUACAUCUCGCAAGGCGUGAGCUGGCGCUGGAUCUUCCGAGCGACCUCCAUCUUCACCGUACUCGUCCAGAUCACCGCGCUCUUCUUCCUUCGCCAGACAUUUGGUCCUGCCAUUCUGGCCAAGAAGGCAAAGCUCAUCAGGAAGGCGCUGAAGGGCAUUCGUAACAAAGUCGUUGUGCGCACGGAGUACGAGACUGGCGACCGAUUUAGUAAGAUCUUGCGCAAGCGCCUGAUUCUGCCAUUCAUCAUGAUGUUCACACAUCCAGCGACGCAAGCACCCUCGAUCUACCGUGCAUACUUGUACGGUGUGAUGUAUCUCAUGCUCUCAGCCUUCCCGCCUGUCUUCGAGGAAGUUUAUGGUAUGGAUGUUGGACCAGCAUCCCUCAACUACCUGUCCAUGUGUCUCGGCUUCAUGAUCGGUCUGCAGAUAUCGCAUCCGCUCAUGGACGGUGCAUACGACAACCUCGAAAGAGGUCUGCCCGAGUUCCGCGUCCCACCCAUGCUCAUCGCCGGCAUCCUCUGCCCCAUUGGGCUGUUCAUAUACAGCUGGACCGCACAAGCAGGAGCACAUUGGAUCGCGCCAAAUAUCGGGUGCGUUAUCGUUGCUAUUGGCAUGAUCAUUGGGUUUCAGUGCAGUCAGGCUUAUACUACAGAUGCGUAUGAGGCGAAGUAUGCUGCUUCUGCGGCGGCAGUGGGUGCGUUCAUGCGCACGAUGUGCGGGUUCAGCUUUCCAUUGUUCGCUGUGCAGAUGUAUAAGACCCUGGGUUUGGGGUGGGGAAAUAGCUUGUUAGCGUUCAUGACGUUGGGGUUGGCGCUGGUCAGUCCGGUGUUGCUGUGGUUCCAUGGGCCGAAGUUGAGGGCGAUGAGUACGAAAGGAUUGCUGUAG